AUAUCCGAGAAAUAUUGGAUGGCCACCCUCAACGGUGCCUUGAUAUUCUUAGGAUGGAAUCCCAUAUCUUCCAACUUCUAUGUGACCAUCUUAGAUCCAAAAAUCUUCUAAAAAAUUCAAAAGGAGUCAGUGUUGAAGAGCAACUAGGGAUGUUUAUGUACAUGCUAUCCAGGAAUGCGAGUUAUCGUACGUUGACUGAUAGGUUUCAGCACAGUCCUGAAACGGUGCAUAGGCAUAUCAAUGGAUGCUUCAACGCUAUGAGAUCAUUGGCAUUUGACCUUAUCAAGCAUAGUUCGCUAGAUACUCAUUGGAAAAUAUCAACAAAUCCCCAGUUUUGGCCUUUCUUUGAGAACUGCCUAGGGGCAAUAGAUGGGACUCAUGUUCCCAUGACCAUUACAUCCAACGAGGCUGCUCCAUACAGGAAUAGAAAGGGGACCCUCUCCCAAAAUGUGAUGGUCGCCUGCGACUUCGAUCUCAACUUUGUUUAUGUGUCAGCUGGUUGGGAGGGGUCUGCCUCAGAUGCUGGAGUAUUGAAAUCUGCUAUUCAAUCAGGCUUCCAUGUACCUCCGGGCAAGUAUUAUUUGGUUGACGGAGGCUAUGCAAACACACCACAGUUUCUAGCUCCGUACCGUGGAGUUCGUUACCAUCUAAAAGAUUUCGGUAGAGGUGGCCCUCGUCCAAAGAACCCCAAAGAACUCUUCAAUCUAAGGCAUGCCCGUCUACGGAACCAUAUAGAGCGUACAAUUGGUGUAUGGAAAAUGCGAUUUCCUAUUUUAAAAGUUGGCACACAUUACCCAAUUGACACUCAAGUCAAAAUUCCUAUGGCGGCAGCUGUAUUUCACAAUAUAAUCCGGAGUCACAGAGGUGAUGAACAAUGGCUAGAUACGCAACAAAUGCAAAUUGACCCUCUUCUAUUUGUCACUCUUCCUGAUGGAGAUGACAUACCUCGACAUGUUCCUACAUCCUCAAGCAAUCAAAGGGACCUUGGUAAUUCUAUGAGAGAUGAAAUUGCCAACAGGAUGUGGGCGGACUAUCAAAGAAUUCGAAGUGAAAGAUCGUCACGGAGAUCUACUAGCUAAUAAUUUAAGUUUUUAUUCUGUCAAAGUAAUUUAUUGUAAUGAUGUGGAAUUUGAGAUAUAAAGAUGACAUUUGAGUUAUGUUAAUGUUUCAUUUGAGUUAU